ACUUCUGUCACCUCCUUCUCCUUGGGAACCAGGUGCAGUGCCAGGCUCCAGACAUGUCCUGCUCUGAGAAGUGCCAGCAGUGCCAGCCCUGCGAGCCUUGCUGCCAGUCCUGUGGCCCCUGCCCGCUGGGCAGCAGCUGCAAUGAGUGCUGUGUCAGGCAGUGCCAGAGCUCCCACGUUGUCAUUGAGCCGCCUGCUGUGCUGGUGACCCUGCCCGGCCCCAUCCUCAGCUCCUUCCCACAGAACACCGCCGUGGGAUCCUCCACCUCUGCUGCUGUUGGCAGCAUCCUCAGCUCUGAGGGAGUGCCCAUCAGCUCUGGGGUCUUUGACAUCUCCUGCAUCACCAGCUGCUGUGGUGGCAACAGAUGCUGUCGUCCCUGCUAAAGAUGCUGCCUCCAAAAUCCUUGGGCAAGAACCUCCAGGAGCUCGGAACCUGAUGAUGGAAUGAAAAUGGAUUUUGGAAUGUUGGAUUUCAGUCUUUGGACUUGUGUCUCCUUUUUCUCCUCCUCCUCCUCUUCUCUUCCUUUGCUUUGCUGUCACUAGCACUCAAUGCCAGCCUAGUGGGACCUGCUGGCCUCCUUCCCUCAGCAGCCAGAACAUCAGGCAUGCCGCUGCAUCUUACUUGCUUCCCUCAUGUGCCCUCUCUGAGCAUUCUCCUUUUCUUCUUUUGACGCAAUAAAGUUCCUUUUGCAUUCAAA